AUGGGGCGGAAGAGGAAGACGGGUGCAGUACCGGUGUACCUUAACGUGUACGAUCUCACUCCCAUGAAUGAGUAUGCUUACUGGCUUGGACUCGGCAUCUACCAUUCUGGGGUCCAAGUUCAUGGAAUUGAAUAUGCAUUUGGUGCUCAUGAACAUUCAACAACUGGAAUAUUUGAAGUGGAACCAAAGCAAUGCCCUGGAUUCACGUUCAGAAAAUCAAUCUUGGUUGGAAGAACGGAUUUGGGUCCCAAAGAGGUCCGUGCAUUCAUGGAGAAACUAUCAGAUGAGUACUCUGGAAAUACCUACAAUCUCAUUGCAAAGAACUGCAAUCACUUCUGCAAUGAUGCAUGUCUUCGGUUGACCCGCAAACCAAUACCGAAAUGGGUGAAUCGACUAGCUCAUCUUGGCUUGUUCUGCAACUGUGUUCUACCGGCGGGUUUGAAUGAGACAAAGGUUCGGCACAUUAGAGCUGAAGAUAGGGUUUAUGAGAAGAAGAAGCUAAGAAGUAAUUCAAGUAGAUUUGCACCUUCUGAUCCACGUCAACCGGCUGCAAAUCCUUCAAGAGGUAGCAAACGUCAAAACCAUCAUCCUUCUUCUUCAAAGCGUUCUAGUUCAACUUCUCCAUCAACGACAAAGCUUUAA